AUGCCUUCAGCGGUUCCGCGGGGCCAACCACAGACCUAUCCAAAUCGGCGAGUCUACCCCAAUUUGGAAGAGCACCUCUCCAUCAAAACCUCAUGCUUUGCCCACUACCAUGACGUCCAUCACGACGACCUCCCUGCGAAACUCAAAGAGUGCUCGGAAUACCUUGCAAAAUGGCCCGCAGACAAGGUGUUGAAUAUGUGGAGAGCUGGGGAACCUGAGGCGGUGCUCGAGACGGCAGUCAGAUAUAUGAGUGGUUGUACAACAUUCAAGGUCAAUCCAGAAGGCGCACUCUUCAUGCUGGAUGCCUUCUACGACCCGGAGUACAACAAGAGGGAUUACGUCGGCGACGUGGCAAGCCAGUCAGCCAUGGCCCGGGCGCACUCCUGCGCCGCCCACGCUCAUUAUCAAAAGUUCAAGGCGUCCGACGAGGAGCGUAUAAGCUAUACCGCCGAUGAGCGACACUAUCGGCGUCGCCAGACGUUGGAGGUGGGCUACGGCCAGCCAGCGCACACGAGUCUGGGGUUCGCUUUGCACCACGCGAGCGAGAGUGCGCGGCUCGGCCACGUCUCUGCCAUCGUCCUUCGCGUUGGCUUCACUGCUCGUGAGAUUGGGGAGAGCCUGGGCGUCGACUUGACUGAGAUGACAAAACGCGCGAAGAAGCAUCGUCCGCUAUGGCGGGCUGUGGAGGAUCGCCUGGACGAACUGCACGCGGAGGCUCGCCAAGCCUUACAAUCGGCGGAGAGGGACCCGUCGGAGUACAUAUGUAGCGCAGAGGGAUGUUCCACAUGGUCCGCGUCGAGGGCCUCGCUGAGGUUAUGCUCGGGGAAGUGCCCGCAGGACUUGAAACCGCGCUACUGUAGUAAGCAGUGUCAAGUGAAGGUGCGUCCGCACCUUGUGGUCUCAGUUGCCUUGUGA